AUGUCGUCCGAGGAUCCAAAACAGAUCGCUUACGAGACUGAGUCUCUCCGCAAGGUUGCAUUCUUUGGAAUUGCCGUUUCCACCAUUGCCACUUUGACCGCCAUCGUUGCUGUCCCAAUGCUUUACAACUACAUGCAACACGUUCAAUCUUCCCUUCAAUCCGAAGUUGAAUUCUGUGCCCACAGAUCCAACGGACUCUGGGACGAGUACCAAAGAUUCGAGGGAGUCAGCGGAGUCGCCGGAAGAAUCAAGCGUGAAUCAUACCACCGUUCCGUCGGAGGAGCUCGCAGAGCCUCCAAGGUCCGCAGACAAUCAUACGGUGGAGACGCCGCUGUCGGAGGAUUCGGAGGAUCUGCCGGAGGAUCAUGCUGCUCUUGUGGAGUUGGAGCUGCUGGACCAGCUGGAUCUCCAGGACAAGACGGAGCCCCAGGAAACGACGGAGCCCCAGGAGCCCCAGGAAACCCAGGACAAGAUGCCUCUGAAGACUCUGUUGCCGGACCAGACAGCUUCUGCUUCGACUGCCCAGCUGGACCACCAGGACCAGCCGGAGCCCCAGGACAAAAGGGACCAUCAGGAGCCCCAGGAGCCCCAGGACAAUCUGGAGGAGCUGCUCUUCCAGGACCACCAGGACCAGCCGGACCACCAGGACCAUCCGGACAACCAGGAUCCAACGGAAACGCCGGAGCUCCAGGAGCCCCAGGACAAGUCGUCGAUGUUCCAGGCACCCCAGGACCAGCUGGACCACCAGGACCACCAGGACCAGCCGGAGCCCCAGGACAACCAGGACAAUCCGGAUCCGCUCAACCAGGAGGCCCAGGACCACAAGGAGAUGCUGGAGCACCAGGAGCCCCAGGACAACCAGGACAAGCCGGAGCCCCAGGACAAGACGGAGACUCUGGAUCCGAGGGAGCUUGCGAUCACUGCCCACCACCACGUACUGCCCCAGGAUAUUAA